GGCGGAGUCGGCAUUACUGUCGGGAAACGAGCUCAAUCAUUAAGUUAGAAAGUAGUAAAAAUAACCCAAUUAGAGGGUUGAAAUUUACCCCUCUGCUGAAUGUUAUUUCCCCGAAGACGUGUCGUCUGAGGUGGGCUUUAUAGCAGUUGAGCUGCGUAGGUUUGCUGGAGAGCCGAUGAGAGCUGGAGUUAUACGGGAAGGGAAGGAGAUUUUCUCGGCCCUGCUAUUCAUGAACGGGCCCCUUGCAACUUUAAAAAAAAGUUAGCAGAUACAAUUCAGUCUCUCGUCAUAUUCUCCAGUACCCGGUUUGAGUUACUUUGUGAGAUCCACAGAAACAGGCCUCACACAGAUGGGAACGGUGUGUCUGCAGCACCUCGAAGGUGCAUUCAAUCACUGGACUAUUAGUUUCACAUAAUCCACCAGUCAAGCCAGACUAUUUGUUGUGGAUAAUGAUAAUAAAGGCUUAAAGUCUUUGGAUCAAGACUCUUUAUUUAGACUCUUACCUGGCAUCCACAAAUUUGUACAAAGAACCUGUGAGGAGCAGAACAUUAUUGAAUAUUUGAUACAACACCCAUCAAGAUGAGUGCGGAAGGAUAUCAGUACAGAGCACUGUAUGACUACAAGAAAGACAGGGAAGAGGAUAUUGACUUGCAUGUAGGGGACAUUCUUACUGUCAGUAAGGCUGCACUGCUUGCAGUCGGCUACAAUGAUGGUAUGGAGGAGAGACCGGAUGAAAUUGGAUGGCUGCCUGGCUUUAAUGAAACCACUCAGGAAAAGGGGGACUUUCCUGGUACGUACGUGGAGUUCAUUGGAAAGAAAAAGAUUUCUCCACCAACUCCCAAACCGAGGCCCGCAAGGCCCCUACCUGUGGCCCCGGGGCCCUCCAAGCCAGACUCAGACUCUGAGCAAGGCACUAGUAUUCUGUUAGACCUGACGGAGCAGUUUGGUCCUCCUGAGGUGGGGCCGCCCAUGUUGCUCAAGCUACUAGAGGUGAUCGAGAGGAAAGGUCUAGACAACCCAACACUAUACAGAAACUUCACUGAUGGAGGAGGGCUUGAUGUCAGACAGUGUUUUGAUGGUGACCCAGCCUCAAUCGAUCUCGAGCACAUGGACCUUCAGAUGUUGUGUGAUGGUCUGAGGAGGUUCUUUCAAGAUUUGCCUCAGCCCGUCAUCCCCUCUGCAAUCUACAGCGAGAUGAUGCGCAUCGCUCAAGAGGUGCAGGGUACAGAUGAAUGUGCACAUCACCUGCGUCUGGUCGCCAGCUCCUCUACUCUUCCUCCGCAGUACUGGCUGACCCUGCAAAGUUUGCUACGGCACUUCUCUCACGUGUGCCAGGCGUCAGCAGCCAACUUGCUCAGUGCCCGCGCCAUCGCUGAAAUCUUCAGCCCGAUGCUCUUCGGAUAUCAGCCCACCAGCUGUGAGCCCAGCCCAGAGGCACACAUCAGGAUCAUUGAAGUUCUUGUGACCAGUGAAUGGAGUGACGGUCAGGCGGCUCCAGCACUACCUCCCAAGCCACCCAAACCGACGACUGUCACAAACAACGGUAUGAACAACAACAUGGCUCUGCAAGACGCUGAAUGGUACUGGGGGGACAUCUCAAGGCAAGAGGUCAACGAGAAGCUUAGGGACACAGCCGAUGGUACAUUUUUGGUUCGAGAUGCCUCCACUAAAAUGCACGGAGAUUACACUCUCACAUUGAGGAAGGGUGGUAAUAACAAGCUGAUCAAGAUCUUCCAUCGAGAUGGGAAGUACGGCUUUUCAGACCCCCUGACCUUCAACUCUGUGGUUGAACUGAUCAAUCACUAUCGGCACGAGUCGCUCGCCCAGUACAACACCAAGCUAGAUGUGAAGCUAUUGUAUCCUGUGUCCAAGCACCAACAGGAUCAGGUGGUAAAGGAGGACAAUAUUGAAGCUGUUGGGAAGAAGUUGCACGAAUACCACCAGCAGUAUCAGGAGAAAAACAGAGAGUACGACAAACUCUAUGAGGAAUACACUAGAACAUCACAGGAAAUCCAAAUGAAAAGGACUGCAAUUGAAGCUUUCAAUGAGACCAUAAAGAUCUUUGAAGAGCAGUGCCAGACGCAAGAACGGUACAGCAAGGAAUAUAUCGAAAAGUUUAGGAGAGAAGGCAACGAGAAGGAAAUCCAAAGGAUUAUGGGAAACUAUGACAAGUUAAAGUCACGCAUCAGUGAAAUAGUGGACAGCAAGCGGCGUCUGGAAGAAGAUCUAAAGAAGCAGGCGGCGGACUACAGAGAGAUCGACAAGCGGAUGAACAGCAUUAAGCCUGACCUCAUCCAGCUCCGGAAGACCAGGGAUCAGUACCUCAUGUGGUUGACCCAGAAAGGAGUCAGACAGAAGAAACUCAAUGAAUGGCUGGGAAUCAAUAACGACAACCAAGACGAUCAAUACUCAAUGGUGGAUGACGAUGAUGAUUUGCCACACCAUGAUGAACGCUCAUGGAAACUGGGCAACAUUAAACGCCUCCAGGCCGAGGCAAUUUUGCGGGGCAAGAGAGAUGGAACAUUCUUGGUUAGGGACAGCAGCAAAGCUGGAUGUUAUGCCUGCAGUGUUGUUGUGGAUGGCGAGGUCAAGCACUGUGUCAUCAACAAGACACCCACAGGAUACGGCUUUGCUGAGCCCUACAACCUUUACAGCUCACUCAAAGAACUAGUCUUGCACUACCAGCACACGUCCCUGGUUCAGCACAAUGAUUCUUUGAAUGUCACGUUAGCAUACCCAGUUUACGCACACCAGAGGCGGUGAGGACUAGUUGAGGACACCCUUAGGACUCGUUACAAAGCCGGGAGAUGAGAACGGGCCUCCCUCGUGUGGAGACGCCUCCAGUAGGGCUGCUGCUUUUUGACUUGAAAUGACUUUGUUGGAAAAACAAGAAAGCGAAACCCAAAAUGAACAUUUCAGCCACUGAAACUUUUGCCAGUCUGAAUGUAGUUUGAGCAGAAAGUGCUCAGCUUUAACUCUCUCUCCCGAAAUGGAGGACUUUGGAGGCCUUUUCCAAAUGGUGCUUGUCCAUUUCAAAGCUUUACCCGCUGCUGGAAUGUGGAGUGUUGACUUAAACCUCUGGAGUGCAUCUUUUUUACCUCUUCUACCCCAUACCUGCUCAGUUCAGGUCCCUUUUUGAGUGUAUGUGCAUGUUUGUGUGUCUACGAGUGAGUGAGAGAAUGUGUUUUGACCAAAACUCACAGUAUCUAAAAGCUAUUGGAAUGUUCAACACGUUUGUCACGAACAGACCAUGGAAUCAACUGAUCAAAUGUAGCAAGAUGGCACUUUCGAAAUGGUAUCUACUAGUUUUCCUGCAAGAGACUUCUACAUGAAUGUUUGAUAUGACAUGCCUUGUCUAAAAGGGGCUUAGUGAUGAGAAGAAAGCAAGAUGUUUGAUGGCAUUUUUUUUGUGAGCAUUAUAAUAACAUGACUCUAAAUACAUUUUUUUUUUCAUUUAUGGGCUGGUCUUUAAGGAACUGAAACAUAAACUUCACGCUGUGUACAUACAGACACAAAGCUAUGUGACAAAAAACCAUAUUGUACCAAAAAGAAACGCAGUUCCUUCUCAGUCUAAUCUGCUAUGCAAAUUCUGUGUUUUCUGUCUUCUGCAGAGUUGUGAUUUUAUUUUACACGUUGCUACCAUAAUAUAAACUUGUUUUUAUUGCUUAAAGUCUUUUUUUAUGUCAGUAUCUAAGAGGAUAUUUUAAGUGUCAAAAUGGCAAGAAAGAUUGCUUCGUUUUACAGAGAAAGUGAGAAGAAAAGUACUUUAUUACAUAUUUCUUUAUUAGCCGCUGGUAAAAUUAAAGAGUAUUUUAUUAGUCUUUUUCACUUGGAGCUGAUUUUCUCUUGGGCAGAGCCUGGAGGACAUUAGUGCUGCUUCUGUCUACAGUAAUGGUGAUAUAUAUAUAUAUAUAUAUAUAUAUAUAUAUA